UAGUUCCCGGCCGGGAGCAGCAGCAGCAGCUGGAGCAGAGACUGCCGUGAUGGAGGCAGCCAGCAGGCUGAAGCUGGGAGUGGGCAUGGACACCGUCGCCUCCUUCGGGCUCUCGCCUCUGCGCCACCCAUCAGCGUCGUCGGCAUGCAAGCUGCGCACGGCGGCGAGCGCUACUGCUAGUCGCCCUGCAGCAGCCACACCGCGGCUGCUCAAGCUAAAGCAGAGGAUCAGCAGCAGAGCUACAGCCAGUAACUCUAACUCGCCAGCAGCCCAGCCAAGAUCAUCGCCUCGUGCUACCGCGUCUAGUGCGGCGAAGACGACGGCAGCGGAGCCGCCGCCGCAGAGAGAGAAGGACCUCGUCUUCGUGGCCGGCGCCACCGGAAGAGUUGGGUCCCGAGCCGUAAGGGAGCUCAUCAAGCUCGGCUUCCGUGUCCGCGCUGCCGUCAGGAACGCGCAGAGGGCGUCGACCCUGGUGCAGAGCGUUCAGCAGCUGAAGCUAGACGACGACGACGACGCAGCUGCAAUUUCGCCCGCGGAGAGGCUUGAGAUUGUGGAGUGCGACCUGGAGAAGCAGCCGCAGGAAGGCAUCGUGAAGGCCAUAGGCAAUGCUUCAUUGGUGGUGUGCGCCAUUGGUGCCAGCGAGAAGGAGAUCUUGGAUGUGACGGGGCCAUACCGCAUCGACUAUUUGGCCACCAGCAACCUUGUACAAGCGGCAACAGCUGCCAUGGUCGAGCACUUCAUCCUGGUCACGUCCCUGGGCACCAACAAGAUCGGCUUCCCUGCGUUCCUCUUGAACUUGUUCUGGGGGGUUCUGUGCUGGAAGAGACGAGCUGAAGAAGCACUCAUCGCCAGUGGCAUCCCCUACACGAUCGUAAGGCCCGGAGGAAUGGAGAGGCCAACGGACGCUUUCAAGGAGACGCACAACCUGGUGGUGGCAGCCGAGGACACCUACGUAGGUGGCCUCGUCUCCAACCUGCAGGUGGCCGAGCUGAUCGGAUGCAUGGCCAAGAACAGGAGGGCAGCCUACUGCAAGGUGGUGGAAGUGGUCGCCGAGACAACCGCGCCGCUGCUGCCCAUGGAGCAGCUGCUCUCCGCCGUCCCUUCCAAGAGGGUAAGCGAUCGAGUUCUUCCGUUCUGCUGCCGUCGCCGGUUUCGGCGAAUAAUAAAAGCCAUGGCACUAAUUAAUGAACAGGAACCCCCCGCUGCUCCAUGGGAGGAAGCGGAGGAGGUGAAGCGAAAGCCAGCAGCAGCGAAAGCAGGAGAAGGGCGACCAUUCUCACCUUACAUGACGUACGAGGGGCUGAAGCCACCUUCCUCCCCAUCCCCCACACUUAGCAGGGAUUCUCUUCCAAUCAACAAGCCCCAACAAGCCGAAGAAGCAGAGCCGGCAGCAUCCUCAAGGACCUCAAGCCGGCCCCUCUCUCCGUACACUGCCUGAUAUUGCUCUCCUCGCUAGCGCUGCUGCUGCCACUGGUGGCGUCAGCGUUGUUGUUGUUGUCGGCCCGUUCACAGCAGCCGGUUGGCGCCGUCCACAGCGACGCAGAAGAUGCCAUAGUGCGCAUCGAUACUGUAGCGCUGGGCCUGAGCAGCACGGCGCCUAGCCCUGCGUGCACCAGCCAGUCCCGCCACCAUGUGCGUUGAUGUCGGCGUCUUGGCGAGCAGGCGCGCGGCGAGCAAACAAGAGGUGACUUCAUCACUAGGCGCUAGCUAGUUGCCAUAGAAUAGGUGAGGAUGCAGCGUCGACCCUGCUGCCCAGCGACAGGGGCGGAUACAGGGGGCGGGCAGGGGCCAGGCCCCUCUAACGUUGCUGUAACUCCACAUAAAACCCUCUAAUCUCAUUGCUAAUGUUGCUCAUUAAUAAGAUGUGCCCCCUGAUCUAAAUUGGCUCCCCUAUGUUUUAAUCCUGGCUCCGCCCCUGCCUAGCGACAGCCGGCAGGUAUGUCCUUGCGUUGCGCGACCAAGACGAGGUGGAAGCGUAGCCUCGUCGGAGCUCACCCGACCAUGAAAACCGCACCGAUGCUGAGGAGAAUGGCAAGCCAGGCCCACGCCAAGGCUGCUGUCUGCCUGUCCAUAGCCUGAACAAUGCGCAACCAUCCUCGCAGAGUCUCGAUCCGGUCAGGAAGGUCAAGAAUCUGCACCACCGGAGUUCCCAAUCGAAGAAAGCAUGUCCAUGCGAGAUCUUCAUGUCAUGAGAGAGAGAGAGAUGUGCUUGAGGAGAGAAAAACACACCUCGUGCGAAAAAGAGAUUGGCGGGUCACGACUUCGGCGCGGAACUCUGCCGGCCAUGGUGUGCGCGAGCUUGGCCUCCUCCUUGGCGAGCUCGACCUGAAGGGGAGGAGAUAGGAGGUAGUCACUUACAGGUGGGUCGGGCCCAUAUGUUAGGAUGCCUAAUGGUGAGAAUGAAUGAAAGGAGGAUAGAAGGGUACACAAGUAAAAAAAAAGUUCGCACGAGGGUAUAUAGGUGUAAGCAAAUUUUUUAAGAGCAUAGAGGUAA